GUCGGUCGGUUACUUCUCUUUUGCGUUGAGUGUUGUUUUUUACAUUUUCGGAUCAUUAUUUACGCAUAUUUCUAUUAUAUUGUGCGAAGAGAAGAUAAUGCAUGAGAAAAAGUUCUUCUGAAAUAUUAUCAGCCCUUAAUUAAUUAGGCUAAGUAACCUAAAAUGUUUGGUUCUUUACGAAGAAUUCUACACUGGGGUCCCAUUUGUGUUUUGGGUAUAAUAAAGCUGGUAACAUGGUCUAUGGUGCACCUGAUCGGUAUGUGGUGGCCGCCUCAGGGCUCCCUCGGCGGCGCCAUCCAUGCUUGCCUGUUCCUGUUCUUGUCCGGAGGCACCUUAUACUACUUCCUCCAGUCUUUGCUUGAGGGACCGGGAUACGUACCGUUAGGGUGGAGACCGGUAAAUGAAAAAGACACAGACAAGUUGCAGGUUUGCACAAUCUGCAAUGGAUACAAAGCUCCGAGGUCACAUCACUGUAGUAAAUGUGGGAGAUGUAUAUUGAAAAUGGACCACCACUGUCCCUGGAUAAACUGCUGUGUGGGUCACGCCAACCACGCUUACUUCGCACACUUCUUGAUGUUCGCAGUCCUGGGCUGUCUCCAAGCAUCUAUUGUCCUCUCAAUCUGCAUGUACCACGCUCUAAACCGCGCGUGGUACGUCCAAAGCGGUAUACGCGCUCCUCGAGUACUGCUGACGCUACCGACGUUACUGAUCACGCUGCUAGCUAUAGGCAUGUGCGUGGGCGUUGUGCUUGCUGUCGGUACAUUACUCUACCUGCAGCUCCGAAGCAUCCUCCGCAACCGGACAACAAUAGAAGACUGGAUCCUGGAGAAGGCCGUCUGCCGGCGGCACGAGGCCGCGCUGCCGGCCUUCGUGUUCCCGUACGACCGCGGCUGGAGGGACAACUGGCGCGUCGUGUUCAGGGGCCAUCUGUACGACGGGCUCACGUGGCCUGUGCGGGAGGGCUGCGGCCAGUAUGAUCUCACGCUGGAACAGCUAGCCCAGAAAGCGGACAAGCGCGUCCGCUCCCGGCUCUACACAGCCGUGGCCGACUACUCGGGCCGCUGGGUGCCCUUAUUCAGCAGGCCUAGGGCUGCGCUAGCGGCUCCUUGUACAGACGAGCCCCGGCUACCCUUGCAGGCAGGGGAUGUGAUCAGAGCCACGAGGCAAAGAAAGCACUGGUUGUUCGGCGAGCGCGUGGCGGAGGCCGGGGCGCGCGGGGCGCGCGGCUGGUUCCCGCGCGGCGCCGCCGUGCCCACCGACAUGCUCCGCCCGCACCGAGACUAGACUACUGGCUUAUACAGGUAUUGUCUCAGCCACGAGGACUACACUACUAGCUUAUACAGGCAUUGUCUACGUCACUGUAUAAUAAAGAGUACAGUAUGACCACUCCCCGCUCCCCGCUGAAAAUGCCGCCCGACCGCUCUCGGUUACCUGGGUCAUUUUUUCAAAAGUAGUCCACCCCAUUUUU